UUAUCACAAGCAGCCAGUGAGCAAUUGCAUUUCAGAAACGACGAGUGUCGAAUGCGAGAUUGGAGUGACGAUCGAGUAGGAAAAGGAGAAAUCGAGCGUGACGAGGGUUGAGAUUGUGUGGUGGCCGCGGUCGGGCGAUUUGAGAAGCCGGGGGUAGAGUUUUCCAGCCGUAUGCGAUUUGAGUUUGCACGUAUCGAUCGAGGAAUUGGAUUGAAGCGGAAUUGGAUUUCGGGCGUUGCUGUGAGUCGUUGCAGAGUAUCAAUUUCUGUGCGUUCGCGCGUCACAUCCUGCAAUCAUGUGUCAAAGUUAUACGACGCAGCGGGUGCAUAGGCCCAAUUUGAAGGCGGUCAUGACCCAGGUCUUCGCCAAACCUGCCCCAGUUGCUGCUGCCUCCGAGACGUCCCCUGCGCCUCCUGCUAAUGCUGCACAAACAGAUCGACCAAGCGUGCCCCCAACUCCUCCUACUCCACAGAAGCCCCGAACGCCGGGAACUUCCGUGGAAUCGGAAUGCUCUGUCAUACCAGCAUGGAAGCUGUUCGCUGCGGACUGGUAAUCAGUAAACAGCACGAGGCACCGGACAGACUUGGAGAGCAUGACACGUGACUGUGAACAGGCUACACCGCCUGGCUGGCUUAUCUCGCCGAGAUUUGGGAUUCGGUUGAGGAGCUGAUGGUGGAAGGCCAGUAAUAUCUUUUGUACAGUUGAAGAAUGGGUGUGGACUUGCGACGAGAAGCUGGUAUCAUCUUAGGAGAUUCAGAAUCGAGGAUGCAUAUCGAUGCAGAAUAACUGCAGACCACAGGCGAAUGCUACAAUGCGCAAGGAGUGGAAGUCACUAAGUUUGAAUAUCAUUCGACUAGAGCUGACAACGAGAUCAGAUCCGAACCUCCAGCUAGUUUUGUAGAUAAUGACUUUGAACUCCUAGAUUCUGUUCUAAAUUCAUGAAGUUCAGCACAUUCCAGCUCCAUCUGAGACUUGCUCUCCAUGAACGUAGAACAUAACCUGUAUCAGUAUCGUACCUUGCGGAUCAUAUUUGAAGGUGUAGUUUAGACUUGGUGAUUAAAUCAGAUUCUCAUGUUCGGCGCUCAGUUGAGUAUCGAGAAAGAAAUGAGAUUUUAUGAAGAAAACGCGUUCUACUUUUC